AUGGAGCAGCAGCAGCAGCAGCAGCAGCACAGGCAGCACCAGGUCAAGCAGGCCACGGUGCUGCUGCAGCAGCUCCACAGGCAGCAGCAGGAGCUGCUGCAGCAGCAGCAACAGCUGCUGCAGCAGCAGCGCCAGCAGCAACAGCAACACAAACCCCACCAGCUGCAGCACCUCGAAUACGUUCUACAAAGCUGCCGCAACCUGGAGCAAGAACUGCAGCAGCUGCUGCAGCAGUGGCAGGGCAGCAGCAGCAGCAGCAGCAGCAGCAGCAGCAGCAGCAGCUGUGCCCUGGACAGCGCAGCAGCUACAGAAGCUGCUGCCAGCUGCCCGCUCUCUCCGGUCUCCACCACUGCGCCUACGUCGAUUUGUGAGCCGCUUGCUUCUGACCAGCAGCAGCAACAGCAGCAGCAACAACAGCAGCAACAGCAGCUGCAACAGCAGCAGCAACAGCAGCAGCAACAGCAGCAACAGCAGCAGAAAGGAGACGCAGAAGGCUUGAGCCUCGCGCAAGAUGAGGAGUUGCAGCAGCAGCAAGAACCUGAGGAUAUGGGCGUUCGGUCGCUGGAGGACUUUGUCGGCUUCGACUGCGUGGAGACAACUAAAGAGGCAGCACGAGGGCGGGCUGCUGCUGCCGCUGCAGCAGCAGACUCAGCCAAAGCAGCAGCAGAAGGAGAUACGGUGAAGGCAGCAACAGCAGCAGCAGCUGCUGCUGCUGCUCGAGCAGAAGCAGCAGCAGCAGCAGCAGCAGCAGCUGAGCAGGCGACUGCCGAAGCAGCAAAACUGCUGCCCGUUGCUGCAGCUCAGGGCGUUCGUGCUGCUGAGGCAUCCGCAGCAGCAGCAGCAGCAAUGACAGCAGCAGCAGCUGCAGCAGCAGCAGCAGCAGCAGAGCAGGCGGACGAAGUAGCACGGGCCCAGGCGGGUGCAGCAGAAGCGGCAGCAGAAACAGCAGCAGCAGCAGCAGCAGCAGCAGCAGACAGCAGCGAUGAUGAUACCAACAACUUCAGCAGCGACAGCGAUUCAGAACCAGGGGUGCAGGACUGGAUGAGCAGCAGCAGCAGCAGCAGCAGCAGCAGCAGCAGCAAUUCAGACUAUGAGCAGCAGCAGCAGCAGCAGAACAGCAGCAGCAGCAGCAGCAAACGUUCCUUCCUUAGGCGGAGAAAACACAUGCGGAAGAAGCAUGCUGCUGCUGCUUGGUUUGCUGCUGGCAGCGGCAGCAGCGACGACGAGCUGCUGCUGCACCCGCAGCAGCAGCAGCAGCAGCAGCAGCAGCAGCAGCAGCACCGUCUCAUGCAGCUGCCGCAAACCCUCCUUGCUUCUAGCGAAGCCGUUACUGACCAAAUUCUCUCCGACAUGAAUUGCUCCGGGGAAGCCUCGCUGGGGCCAUCGGAUCUGCGGGUGCUGCCUGCUGCUGCACCGCAGCAGCUGCAGCAGCAGAGCAGCAGCAGCAGACUGGAGGCGAUGCUGCAGCACAGCAGCUACAGGCCCCCUCCUGCUUCUCCCUUGGCUGUGUGUCUGCCUGAGCAGCCGCUGCAGCAAACAGCAGCAGCAGCAGCAGCAGCAGCAGCAGCAGCAGAAGCAGAAGCGGUUUCGCCUCCGCUGCUGUCGGCUGCCUCCCUCACCUCAGCCCCUGUGGGGCAGCUUCCAGAAAACCAGCAGCAGCAGCAGCAGCAGCAGCAGCAGCAGCAGCAGCAGCGACAGCAGCAGCAGGGCGUGAGGGGUCGGUCCAGCGCGCAAGCAGCCAUCGGCAUUUCCCAGCAACAGCAGCAGCAGCAGCAGCAGCAGCAGCAGCGCAUGCACCGACGGCACACUGUUGCUGCAGGCUUUGAACCCAGCUGGCAACAGCAGCAGCAGCAGCAACAGCAGCAACAGCAGCCGCAGCAAGAAGAGGAAGAAGAAGGGCCUUACUUCCUGCUGCAGGGACAAGAAACCCUCUCGUUCCCUCAAGGAAUGCAGCAGCAGCAGCAGCAGCAGCAGCAGCAGCAUCUGUCGGACACAGAGGCACUUUCCACGAAAUAUACAGCAGCAGCAGCAGCAGCAGCAGCAACAGCAACAACUGCAACAAGCAGCACGUCAGCAGCACCGACAGUAGAGACAGGAAGGAAGAAGAACCGCCGCAGGAAGCGGCGCAGCAGCAGCAGCAGCAGCAGCAGGAGCAGCAGCAGCAGCGACUCUGGGGAGAAGCGGCUGCUGCGGCAGCAGCUGCAGCAGAUGCAGCAAACCAUCCUGCAGACUCAGCAAAUGCUGCAGCAGCAGCAGCAGCUGCUGCUGGCCCUGGAACAGCGCAUGCAAGAACGCAACAGUGCCGACCACACCCACGAGUCUCAUGCUGCUGCUGCUGCUGCUGCUGCUGUUGCUGCUGCUGCUGACGCUGCAGCAGCCCGGAAGCAGCAAGAGAGACGUGGGCACAAGACUUCCCGGAUUAAGCGGCAGCAGCAGAGCGAUGAGGAGCAGCAGCUGCUGCAGCAGCAACAACAGCAGCUGCUGCAGCAGCAAGAACAGCAGGAGCUGCAGCAGCAGCAGCAACAGCAGCAGCAGCAGCAGCAGCAAGUCGACGUCUGCCAUCCCAAGCGGGUGAAGCAGCAGCAGAGGCGGAGCUCUUCAGAUCCAGAGAAGAAGCAGUUGUAUGAAAACAGUACUUCUGCUGCUGCUGCUGCUGCUGCUGCUGCUGCUGACGCAGGAGAGUUGCUGCUGCAGCAAAGGGCCCUGAAGCGGGAGCAGCGGCAUAAGCGAAAGAUGGAGAAGCUGCAGCAGCAGCAGCAAGAGCAGCAACAGCAGGAGCAGCAGCAGCAAGAGCAGCAACAGCAAGAGCAGCAGCAGCAGCUUGAACACUUGCUACAAAUGAGGCGGCGCUGCAAGCAGCAGCAGCAGCAACAGCAACUCGAGAAGAUAAAGCAGCAGCAGCAGCAGCAGCAGCAGCAGCAGCAGCAGCAGGAACUGCUGCUGCCGUUUCCAGAAGCAACAGCGCCUGACGGCUGGCGUAUGUACAGCAGCGACGCUGAAGCGAGCAGCAGCAGCGAGGACCAAAGAGUGCCUGCAGCAGCAGCAGCAGCAGCAGCAGCAGCUGCUGCUGCAGCAGCUGCUGCUGCUGCUGCUGCUGCAGACAGUAUAUCAGUUGCUUCUUCAGCAGACACUCCAGCGUCGCCGUCGCUGAUGCUGGGAUCGUUCGAUCCCCACGCAGCAGCAGCAGCAGCAGCAGCAGCAGAGCAAGCUGCUGCUGCUGCUGCUGCUGCUGAAGUCUACUCAGAGACUGGAGAUUCUGAUGUCCAGCUGCUGCUGCUGCAGGAGGAGCAGCACGGUGAAGAUGCUGAGAGGGCGCUGCUGCUGCAGCAGCUGCAGCAGCAGCAGCAGCAGGGCGAAUGGACCUCUGAUUUGGAGCAGCAGUCAGCAGAUGAAGAGGAGGCAGCAGCAGCAGCAGCAACAGAUGAAGAAGAGGAAGCAGCAGCAGCAGCAGAUGAAGACGAGGAAGCAGCAGCAGCAGCAGAUGAGGAAGAGGAAGCAGCAGAAGCAGCAGAAGCAGCAGCAGCAGAUGAGGAAGACGAAGCAGCAGACGCAGCAGCAGCAGAUGAGGAAGAGGAAGCAGCAGAAGCAGCAGCAGCAGACGAGGAAGAGGAAGCAGCAGAAGCAGCAGCAACAGAUGAGGAAGCGGAAGCAGCAGAAGCAGCAGCAACAAGUGAAGAAGAGGAAGCAGCAGAAGCAGCAGCAACAGAAGCAGCAGCAGAAGCUCCAGAAGAUUCCAUGGAGGAGUUGCUGCCUUCUGAAUCGGCAGCAGCAGCAGCAGCAGCAGCAGCAGCAAAAGACCCUGCUGCUGCUGCGCAGAGCAGCAGCAGCUCUUCGAAGCGCCAAAAACGGCGCAACGCCCAUGCUGCAGUCUGGCAGCAGCAGCAGCAGCAGAUGUCGCUGCAGCAGCAAGAGGAGCAGCAGCAGGAAGAGCAGCAGCAGCAGAAGCUGCAGCAGCAGAAGCUGCAGCAGCAGAAGCUGCAGCAGCAGGAGUCAGAAGUCCCGCUGCAGAACACUGUUGUAAAAAGAAAGAAAAAGAAACUAGCAACAGUAGCUGCUGCUGCUGGAGCUGAUUCUGCUGCUGCUGCUGCUGCUGCUGCUGCUGCUGCUGCUCCUAAACAGAAGCAGCAGCGCCUACAGCGCCAUGAGAGUGUGCACGGCCCACUCAGCAGCAGCAGAAGGAAGCAGCAAAAGCUGCUGCUGCUGCUGCAGCAGCAGCAGCAGGAACGACCAAAGAAGAAGGCUGGUCGGUCAAGACUUAACUCAGAUGCUGCAGCAGCAGCAGCAGAAGCAGCAGCAGCAGCUGACGAGCCUCUGCAGCGCACUUGGGUGCAGCAGCAGCAGCAGCAGCAGCAGCACGAUGAGCAGCAGCAGCAGCAGCACGAACAGCAGCAGGAUUGUACCAAAGCCAAAAAGCAGCAGCAGCAGCAGAUCUCUCCACAGUUGAGGCAGAAGCAGCAGCAGCAGAAGCAGCAACUGCAGCAGCCGCUGCUGCUGCUGCACAUGCCCUGCCGCCUCGCCGGCGCAGCAGCAGCUGCGAAGAUGCAGCAGCAGCUGCUGCUGCUGCAGCAGCAAAGCAGCAGAAGAAAAAGAGGAAAAAGAAACACGCAAAGUACCUCGCAGAAUGAAACUGAAGCAGCAGCAACAGCAGCAGCAGCAGCAGCAGCAGCUGCUGCUGCUGCUGCUGCUGUCGCAGCUCAAUGUAAGCUCCUAAAUAGGAGCUGGAGUGACGGAAGUCAAAUCAAUGAAUUAAGGGCCUGCGUUUCAGGGUUUAGGGUUUAG